GGAUUACAAUGGGAAAUCGGAAUUUAAUUCACAAUCCAAGAUUAAAUGAUAUCGAGUCAUAACAAAAUAUUUGGGAUGUAAAAGACGUUCAAAAUGUGGCUAUCUGGAUUCUCAUGGUGGAUGUCUCUUCUCUGCCUGUCAGGUGUAUCCUUUGGCGUUCAAGUGACUAUUUCAGAAUAUAAAAAGAUAGCCAUGUUGUUCCAGCCCGUGGUUCUGCAAUGUCAGUACUCCACCACAUCUAUCCAACAACCUGUUGUGCAAUGGCGAUUUAAGUCAUACUGCAAGGACCGUACCAGAGAUGCGUUCAGCAUCCACAGCACAGCCACACACGUCAUCAGCCAGAAAGAACAGGCUCCCACGUGGGAUCCAUACCUAGACUGUGCAGACAACAGUCGCACAGUACGGAUUGUGGCUUCCCGUCAAGGUUCUGCUGUCACCUUAGGAGAGUACUACAAAGGGAGGGAAAUAACCAUCAUCAACAAUGCAGAUCUUCAGAUUGGAAGGUUACACUGGGGAGACAGUGGAGCUUAUUACUGUUCAGUUAUCACUCCAGAUGAUAUUGUAGGUAACAGUGAGGAAAGAAUGGAACUUCUUGUCUUGGGUAGGAGUGAAGUGGUUGCAGAUCUGUUACCCAGUUUUGAUGUAGAGAUUAUGCCAGAAUGGGCAUUUGUUGGUUUAGUACUCUCUGGAUCCUUUCUGCUCCUUAUUCUUCUUGGUGUAUGUUGGUGUCAGUGCUGCCCUCACACAUGCUGUUGUUACGUCCGCUGCCCUUGUUGUCCAGAAUCCUGCUGUUGCCCUCAAGCCUUAUAUGAAGCCGGAAAAGCAGUAAAAGCUGGACAUCUUCCCAAUGUUGCAGACUAUCCACCAUACUACAUCCCCAGUGUUUCAAGGAUACCAAUCUCGUCAAGUGUAAUUGAUACAAAGUCUUUGCCUCCACCGGCACAUGUCGACACUGAUCUGGGAGAAUCUGUACGCAGUGGAUACAGGAUUCAAGCCAACAAAGAGCAAGACUCCAUGAAAGUCCUUUACUAUGUGGAAAAGGAGCUGGCGCAGUUUGACCCCUCUCGGAGAAAGUAUGAACAAUCGAGCAACAUGUCAGAGUUAAGUUCACUGCAUGAUCAGAACAUCGAUUUCUGCCAGAACUUCUGCCAGGCUCGAAAACAAACGCAACCUCCAAUUACUGACCAGGAUGUUGACUUGGCACUCAGCACGCAGUUUGUGAGAGGAUCAGGACAUUUCAAGAGCAGAGCAAAGAGAGACAAUGAACGCUGCAGUAGCAGGUCACGGUCUCGAUCUUGUGAAAGACAAAGAAUUGAACUGCACGACAAAGAACAAGCAAAGUCACUAGACGAACUUGAAGAAUUUGCAGAAUCUUAUCAUUACAGGGGGAGGAGAGGUAAUUCCCUUGAGCCAGAACGACGGGAGAGAAAAGAGGCUGACAGAGGGCAGUAUUACAGAGCACUCAGAGAUCGAUACCACUAUCAAGGGAGCUCCUUGGAUGAUUAUUACAACAAAAGGAGUCGGAGCAGGAAUGAACUAUAUGACGCUGACCAGGGACAUAUUUACAAUAGUCAAAGGAAGAGAAAUAAGCAGGAAGAAUAUCCAUUACGGUGUACAAAUGAUGGUGGUAGAACCUACGAUGAUGCUUUCAUGAACAGUAUUCUGGAGAAGAAGGCCAAAUGUAAAUCUUACAAUGAAAGCUACAGCAGUGAAACUCCUUCCAAAGCUAGUAUUAAGCGAGUAAAUGACCAUUACUAUGGGAAAUCUCCGAGUUACAGGACAGAAGAAGAAGAGACACUGCCUCCAUACACUGAAAUGCACUUGCAGAAGGUUAGGCCAGAAGAACUGCCAGCAAGAAUCUACUAUCCUAAAGUGGAGAAUGUUCAUGAGCGAAAAGAGCAAACAAGACAGAAGAAAACCAAUCACUUUCCAGCCAGAGAUGCUCUUGUAGUAUAAAGUAAAAAGGAUGAAGGGAAGAUUUUGCCUCUAAGUUUGUACUAUUUGACACAUGGGAAAUGCCAAGGAUGUCAGGAUGCUGAAGACCUGUUUUAUUUUCAACGUGGGUCUCAACAACACUUGCAAAAACAAGUUGCGAAACUCUGGGAGCUGUUUGCCACAGUUUAAUAUUUCCAGUAUUAUGAGUCUCUGGCAGAUUUGUCACAUUGGUUUACAUGUACAGUAUACAGCAUUAAUAUGGUGGCUUUAGAACAUGACACAAUUUAUGCCAUGUUUUAUGCUAUUACUCUGGAAUUUAGGAAUAAUCUUUUUGUAUCUGGUGACUGAUUCAGUUCAGCAGAGUGUGGUUAUCACCAUGCCAAUUUGUCCCAGGUAAUGAUAAUCAUUAAUCAUUAUAAAUCAAACACAAGCCAGAGAAUCAAAUAAUGUUAAGACACAAAUAAAGACCAUGCAUUUACUAUCACCCAUGCUGACUUUCUGAAGGAACUAACCAAUUUGUUAUUUCCUGUGUGCUCUUUCAAUUUCUUUAUCCUUCUAAAACUUACUUACUUUUCUUCUAAAAGCCAUUAUGGAUUCCACUUCCACCUCACUUUCUUGGUGUGGAAUCCCAAUCCUAACCAUACACUACCGAAGAAAAUAAGAAACUCCAGCCUCUAUCAAUUCUUUUGUGGAUUAAAAUUAAAUUUUUGUGCUAUUCUUUCGUGGACCAGUUUUCUCCAUUUACUUUAUCAGUGUCUUUUAAAUUAAACUCUUUUAAAGUCAAACUCUUAAUAUUCUUCUAAUGAAAAUUGCUGCAGUAUUUUUAAGUUUCCCCUGAUAAAUACCACUUACUAUAUAACUUUAAAGUUUCUCAUUCAUUUUUUCUGAUAUUAAAACAUUUUAUUUUGGUUAGCAAUGCCUUCCACCUUUAUACCUCAGUCAAGAAAUCCACUCUAAUUUCCCUUGAUUGACAUUUAAUUGCAAGUUAGCUCUUCCAUUUCCAAGAGAUUGCUUAAAGAAUUUUUAUAUCAGGAUUGGACGUUUGUUCAACUAAGGGAAAUUAAGGAGUAGACAGUAAACAAAUGAAGAAUGCUAUUUUUAAAAUAAAUGUAUACCCCUGGAUAAUGAUAACAAAUUAUUUAUCUUGUUCAACAGUGAAGAAUGAGUCAAUUUUAAAAAUAUUUAAUGAGAGCCAUGCCAAAACCAAACCAACUAAUCCAACAUGCAGCUUCUUAAGGUUUUAAAUAUUUUGUUAAGUAGUUCUGUUUUCUUUCAAUAACAGAUGUUACAUGUGAAUGUCUAUUAUUUUUAUAGUGUAAUAAUUUGUUUUGCCAUUUUUAAGAUGCAUCAUGUCUAGUUUUUGAAGUGAAGGGCCUGAAAAACGCAGCUUGAUAAAGCAUUUUCAUCCAGAAUAGGUUUAUAGAAAAUGCUGGCUUAGCAGGCCAGACAACAUUUGAGGGCAGAAACAAAAUUAACAACCCAGAUUUUACAAUCAGUGGCAAAGAGUCUGUGCUCUCUGGUGACUUGAGAGAAUAAAAGGCACCCAUAAAAAUUUAGUGGUCUCUCAAGCAUCAAUUUCUUCUAUUUCAACAUGGCUUUGAAUUGGGUGCUAUUUUUAAGAAGAUCUAUGGUGUCCAGCAUCAGUGAUAUCAUCAUGCAAGGUGAUCAGCUAGUCAGAUUGUAAGAUCUUCAUAACAAGUUGGGAUGCAAAGAGUAUUCUUCUAAUGUUUUAUUUUGAUGCCCUUUUGAGUGAAUGAGACUCCAUGAAUGUAAAAUUAGUUUUCAGAACUAGAGGGGGAUUAACAGUAAAAAAAGACUCCCUUUUUAAAAAGUCAACACCUUAUUCAAAAGGCUUCAUAUUUUCAUUGAGAAUGGGGCAUGGGCCUUUAAAGUUUACAUCAAAAUAUUGAUUUCUCAUUCACUACAUCUGCAAAGGCUAUAGCAGCACACCCUCUGGAGGAAAAGGAUAUCACUCACAACAAUUUCUCUUUAUCUGCAGUUAUUAAUUAUGCAUUUGAGCAUUGCAGAGGUUGCUGUUGGUUUUAUACAAUAAUUGAGCACUAAUAUUCACACUUAGUACAACCACAAAACUCCAGGCCAAUGUUUCAGACUGAUGAUGUCAUUGACUUGCAACUUUAACAUUCUUCCUCUUCCUAUUCAUGCUGCUGGGUGGGCUGAGUCUUGGCUUUUAAAUAUUAUCUUUUAAAUGUUAGGACACUGUUUACUUCAUGGUAGAUGUAUUGGUCUAUUUCCCAAGAACACCAUAAGACUGUUAAAUCUGAACAAAUUAGAACCGCCAUAAAUCAUCUUCAACUACAGAUUAGGAAGUUGCUUUCCUGGAUUUAUAUUAAUUAUUUCUGUAUUCCUUUCUUCUCAUAAGUCCAUGAGAACCAUCUGCAGCUCUGCACCUUCAUUCAUGAAGUGACUAUUCUUAAGUUAUCGGUUUUUUUAACAAAAAUUUGUUAGUCAUUAGCCCUUUUAUUUUUCUUUGUUCUUUACAGCUUCUCUUUGGGUCAGAUUAAACUGGUCAUUAUUUUUGUGUUCUAUUUUAUCAACUCUUAUCACAUAAAACAUGGGUUGCAGAUAUAAUCUACCACUGUCAGAAACAUGUUUGACAGGGAAGUACUUCUACUGGCAUUGCCAUGGUUUCAAUUUACAACGUACAUAAUAUGCUGUAUGUAAUAGCCUCUUUUGUUUACUACACUACCUGUUGCUAAGUUAGUUAGCUGCUUCCUCGUUAAGAAACCUUUCCAGACACAUUGAGUGGAGGAAAAACCAAAAGUUAUAUUUCAUUUUGAGAUCCUGCUAAUACAUGGCAGCCCUAGAAUAUGUUUUGCUGCAAUUUUAGGAACCAUCCAUUGGAUGUUUUACUGCUGUUAUGGUCAAGAAAAUGUUCAAUCUGUUUGAGUAAUAACAAUGCACUUUAUGUACACCUCGACUGCAUUCUUUCAAGGAAUUGACUUUUGUUAUUUGUUCCACCAAUUUCACUGUCACGGCUUUCCAAUUUCAGGAAAUUAUUACAUUGUUCUAAACAUAAUGUAAUAUCCACAUCCCCACAACUUCUUCAUCCAAUUUGCCAGGAUGGAUAUUUUAACAAGUGUUCAUAGAGAUGAGAAAUGCUGGUCUAAGCACUAUGUUGGGGCAUUUUGUUUUUCCUUUACCUUGGUAUUAUUCCAUUUGGUAUGGUUACAAUCAUGUUAAAUGUAGUUUUCUUUUUGUCAAAAUUUGUUAUUCUCAUUCACUGGAGCAGAUGAUAUAUACAGUUUAUAACAUUUAUGAUGAAUUAAAAGAUUACUCAUAUCCAAGUCGCUUAACCAAAUAAAUGAUCUGCAGUAUUUUCUGUAGAAUCUCCAAAGGGAUUGAUAUGCCAUGACUGAGAAAUCCCCUUAAAGCAUUGUAGUUACUCAUAAUAAUUACCUUUGAAAAUUUCAUUUUCAUCUUUCUCCAAACCUAGUUGCCAACUAACCAAUGUAACAAUCUGCUGGAGGAACUUAGCGGGUUGAGCAGUAUCUUUGGGAGGAAAGGAACUGUUGAUGUUUCGGGUCAAAACCCUGCAUCAGAACUGAUGCUGCUCGACCCACUGAGUUCCCCCAGCAGAUUGUUUGUAGCUCCAGAUUCCAGGAUCUAUAGUCUCUUGUGUCUCACUUAUAAUAAUCUCAGUUGAUACCUUGUAUGUCCAUAAUAAUGAUUCAUGAUCUUUCCUGAUCCUUCUUAACCUCCAACACUUCUGAUACUGCAGACUACUUCCUCUUAACCUACCUAAUAGGUUGUACCCGUCUGCAACAGGAAAUAUAUUGCUCCCAACAGCUACUCUGCCACUGCACAUUUACUUACUCGAGCACACGAGAGGUUCAUGUGCCCUCAUCCACAUCACUUUUGUAUUCUAGACUUGGUGGCAUUACCCUGAAUCCUGGUAUCACUCUCACCAAUGUGUGCUAGUGGUGCCCAACACUAACUUUCCAUUUCUUCUAAUUAUCUGCUGUCAAAUUCAAAAUACCUGGAUAAACCAAAACUUCAGCUGGAUAUCAGCAAAACCAGGGUCGUGCUCUUCAUCUCUAAUAUUUCUGCCUACAGCCUAGACCCCACGAGUCUCAUUCAGUAGUGUCUCAACCCUAUUUUUUCAAUGUGAUUCUCACCUUCCUUAUACCCUCUGAAUACUCCAUUCAUCACACCUCUCUCCAUAUCAGUUCCAAUCCCAAAACUACUUCCUUCUAAUUCCACAACAAGUUUCUUCUCUUUUUUCCCAUCUCUUAUAAGCUAUUAUGAAAUUUCCAAAAAGCUAGCAUAAGCAUAAAAUCACAAUGAGAACUGAACCCUUUAUAAUAAUUUAUGAGCUUUGUUACCCAUAGAAUUGUUCCAAAAUCUUAAAGUAUUUUGUAUUUUCCAUUGUUUCCAUAUUGGAUGAGUUUAUUAGAGACUACGAUCUUUCCUACUGAAUACACUGUAUCUGAUGACACAACAUUAUUCAGUUAAUGCACAAUAUUCAACGUAAUUAGUUCCCUCCUAUUUAUCGACUUUCAAGCCAAGUAAGAUCCUUCAGCCAUGGUAUCUUUUAUCCAUAAGUCUGUCUUCUUAACUCUAUUAACACGAGAAGUAAUCAAGGAGAAGCCUAUGGGUAAAGAUGAGUAUUACAACAUAUUAUCAAACCCAUCCCCCAAAAUAUCUUGCUCUGACCAAAUUCCACCAAUUUUUGCUACAAAUAAACUCCUUAUAAUCCCACUUCCACACUCUCUCUACUUCUUUGCUUUAUAAAAGAAAACCAUGAUCUCAUACUCUCAACUGAAUCUCAAAUUUUAAUCACUUGACUUGAAUUCUUCACUGAUGUGCCAGAGGUUUGCAUAGAUUUACCUUGCCCUCCGGGGCUUUGUUUAUCCUGCAGUCUAGAAGCCAUAAUGGUUGCUUAAUUGCCGAGAGGUGUGUAGGAGUGUCAAAAAACAUCCCUCAGUCCUUCACACCCUUCAGGCAAGUGCUCAGUCUUCACUAUGCCAUGAGAUUGGUGCUUGAUUAGGAACUCGUUGGAAUAUCAAGUUAUACAUCCUUUUCUCAACUUGGGCAUAAUACAGAGUCUCAACCUGAAAUGUUGACCAUCCUUUUGCUUCCACAGACAUUCCUUGACCUGCUGAGUUCCUCCAGCAGUUUGUUUUUUGCACCAUACUCCAGCAUUUGCAGUCUCUUGUAUCUCCUCUUUUGUUUUUAAUCAACUAAAACACCAACAAAAGCCUCUUCUUUAGCCUAGACACAAAUAUAUUUCUCACACCUCAAGGUUAUUUCUAAUGGAUCAAAUGCUGUCAUAUUUCAUUAUAAACAAUAUUUCUGCAGUCUCAUAGUUUCACAAAAUCUAAAAUGCCAGAUUUACCAUAAUUGAUUUAUCUUUCUCUAAGUUGAUCUAACUGUUGUCAGUCUAGCACUUUGGUCUAGCAAUCUACUGCUGCUUUUCUUCUGUGCUAUACACUAAUAUAUAGCCUAAUUCAAAUUGGACAGUUGGCGGUAUGGCAACCACACUCAAAUAAAAUAAAAAUGGGGCUUAACUCAAUGACAAUCUUGGUGAAGCAAAAAAAAGGAAGAGAAUCAAUAUAGCAAUAUAGACUGUGAAACAGGUCUUCUCCAUGUUCAUACUUACCAAUCUUUUUCUCAAGGCUAAAUAUAUUAUGUAUGAAAAAUAACUGACAGGCAUCAAUCAACCUGUCCCACAUGACUGCAAUGUCUUGUGCACCACAAUCAAUAUACUCUCCACCCCAGCCAAAAGCCAUGUAAUCUGGGAGAGAACAUGCAUAUCUGUAUAUAUUAUAGACUAACACGUUAAAAGAUGGAUUUAUUAGAGCAUCAUGAAUUCCAUUUUCUGUUAUAAGUGAUUUUUUUUUUAAAAAUGGAUGCGAUUUCCUGUGGUUGUUAUCUGAAAAUGCAGUUAAUAUGACCAGUGAAUUUAUCCAUCUCUCAGUAGUAGUGAAUGUGUAGUUCUAUCAGGUACUUAAUAUGUAGUCAGAUAUUAAAUAUUUUGCAAUCUGCUGUAUUUAAUUUUAAUCAUUUUCUGAACACUAGUGGUAAGAGUGUAAUUGCUAGAAGAGCUUGUAUUAAUAGUCAUUCUGAACCUUUGACUGGUAUACUGAUAUGUAAAAUAGAAAUCUUAUUUUCUUAAGUACAGUAUUUCUCUUUGAAUACCUCUUAUUAUUGUACCUUAUGAUGUUGGUGACUAAAGUCUUGCCAUAAUCACUAUUGUCAUUUUUGGGAAAAAAAUGAAAUGAACAAAUUAAGUA